AUGCCUCCCUCACCUCUCGCCUCACCACGGUUCCUCAAAUCCCAAGGCUUCCUUCCGCUAUCCAACCAGAUGGAGUCCGAAGCAGAUAUCCCGCUUGCACCCAUCCGCACCACCAGCUCGGUCGGUGCUCGCAAGCACAACCAGACCACUGUGGGCCUAAACCGCAUCGCCAGCAGCGGUUAUGAUGGCUCCGACUCCGUCGACGAGAAGCACACCAUCUUCCGCCGCCCCAGCAACUUGCCGGCUGGCCGCCGCCGCAUCAAAAAUGACCCUUCUCCCAUGGUCUCUCGCAGUUCCACCGACUCGUCGAUCUCGCUCAACUUCAUGGGAAAGCUGUAUACCCGUAUCAUGAGCGAGUCGUUCGUCACGCGCUAUCUCAUCUACGUCAUCCCCGUCGCCUUCCUGUUCGCCAUCCCCCUCGUCGUCCUCCCCCUUACCGACAACACGAAGAACAUCCCUCUUGGCCACCACACCGACAAGACCACCACUCCGCACACCACCAUCGCUGGGCCCCCGCUCUUCCACCUCUUCAUCUGGCUGGAGACUGCUUGGGUUACGCUCUGGACCGCCAAGCUGGUUGCCUACCUCCUCCCAGCUCUCUUCAUGUUCUUCUGCGGCGUCGUCAGCUCCGGCACUCGCAAAUAUGCCACCGUGCUUCGCGCUCUCGAGAUCCCCCUGUCCCUCUUCUUUUGGGCUCUGGCCUCCUGGCUCGUCUUCAAGUUCCUCUUCGUCAACAAUAACUUUGAGUGGGUCUACGUCAUCAAGCAGAUCCUCGGCUCGCUGUACGUCUCGUCGGCCGUCUUCCUCGUCGAGAAGGCCAUCGUCCAGCUCAUCAGCAUCUCCUACCACCAACGCUCCUUUGCGAACCGCAUUAAGCAGUCCAAGCACGACAUUCACCUGCUCGGCCUGAUGUACGAAGCCUCCCGCGCGCUGUUCCCCAUGUACUGCCCCGAGUUUGCCGACGAAGAUUACUUCAUCAACGACAGCAUCGACAUGAUGCUAAAUUCCACUCGCAAGAUGCACAAGAAGUCCAGGUCCGUGGCGCCAAUGCACCUAAUCGGCAACGUCGGCCGCAUCGGCGACAAGGUCACGUCCGUCUUCGGUAACCUCGCUUCGGAGAUCACCGGCAAGCAGGUCUUCAACCCCACCUCUGCCCACUCCAUCGUUGUCGAGGCCCUCGAGAAGGUGCGCACGUCCGAGGCUAUGGCCCGCCGCAUCUGGAUGUCAUUUGUGGUCGAGGACAGCGACUCGCUCUCGCCCGAGGAUAUCGAGGAGGUCCUGGGCCCUGCCCACAAGCUGGAGGCCGAGGAAUGCUUCAUCGCCAUCGACGCCGACGGCAACGGUGAUAUCAGCCUCCAGGAGAUGAUCCGCAAGGUCGUCGACAUCGGCAAGGAGCGCAAGGCCAUCUCCAACAGCAUGAAGGAUAUCAGCCAGGCGCUGGCCGUCUUUGACAACGUGCUGAUCUUCUGCGUCCUGCUCAUCACCAUCUUUAUCUUCCUCGCCUUCUUCCAGAGCAGCUUCAUCAGCACCCUCACCACUGCCGGCACCUCCCUCUUGUCGUUGUCCUUCAUCUUCUCCGUCACCUCCCAGGAGUUCCUCGGCUCGUGCAUUUUUCUCUUCGUCAAGCACCCGUACGAUGUCGGCGACCGCGUUGACAUCAACGGCCCGGAGAAGGAGGAGCUCAUCGUCGAGAAGAUUUCGCUGCUUUACACCGUUUUUGUGCGCAUCGACAAGAUGCAGGUCGUGCAGGUGCCCAACAUCCAGCUGAACAACCUGUGGAUCGAGAACGUGACGCGCAGCAACGCCGAGCGCGAGGUCAUUGACGUCAGCGUGUCGUACGACACCUCUUUUGAGGACAUUGAAUUACUGCGCCUGGAAAUGGAGCAGUUUGUGCGGCACCCGGACAACGCCCGCGACUUCCAGCCAGACCUAUCCAUCAGCGUCGGCAGCGUCAACAACCUGGACAAGCUGACGCUCAACAUCGCCAUCAAGCACAAGUCCAACUGGCACAACGAACUCGUCCGGGCCACUCGUCGCUCCAAGUUUAUGUGCGCAUUGGCCCUGGCCCUUAAGAAAGUGCCGAUCUAUGCUCCGGGUGGCGGCAGCGACGCGCUGGGCAGCCCUGCCAACCCUACCUACUCGGUCGCCGUUUCUGAUGCAACUGCUGCAGAGGCACGCCAGCAGGCCAAGAACAGCAAGGACGCCCUGCGUCUCGUGCCCCUUCUUGACCUAGAUGGCGACGAGGACGAGGACGAGGAUGAGGACGGGAACCGGAAUGACGGCAGUGGCAACAGGAGCGCAGAAAAGCAGGCUGUGCGUGACCUCCACACGACCAUCCCGCCAACGAAUGCGGCAGAGGGCUGGGGUGCAGCCCUGGACGACCACACGCUAAACGAGUCGGCUACACGGUCGCGAGUGUCGUCAUUGGACGGUGGCAGUGGUGAUGGUAUGCGGCCAUCGUUGUCUCUGUCGCGGGCCAAAUCGCAAGCCAAGUCGCAAUCACGGUCCAAGUCGCAGGCCUCCCGCAAGCAGUUGCGCAAGCAGGAAUCGCUGCAGCAGCUCCAGGACCUGCGCAGCGAGCUGAUCAACAAGAACAAGAGCCAGCGUGGCCGUCGUCAAGCUGGUACUGGCGCCUCUCUGGCUCCAUCGGAUGCCCUGGCCGGUGCGUUGGGCGAGGAUAUUUCGUAUUCCUCGCAUAUAGCGCGCAAACCAUCCUCCGCGUCCUAUCGCUCCGCUAUGUCAUUUGAUAUCGAGCGGACGGCCAGUGGCAGCGGCACCGACGGAAACCGUUUUGCCAUUCCGCCACCAUCCGUGGCACCACCGUCAGCAGCAGCAACCGGUGCGUACACGACCUAUCCGCUGCAUAUGGCUGCAAGCAGCAGCAGCGCAUCGCCAUCGGCAUCGAGAGCUCUCCAUCCGCUUCAGAGCGCACCGACUGAAGGGUCCGCUUCGGCCAGUGGAGCCAACGUGUCAAGAACACAGCAAUAG